GUGAGUUGCAAACUCCGCCCCAGAGGCCGGUGCUGGUGGCCCGCGCGCUGGAACCGCGCGACCCGCACGAUCCGAGGCCGCAACCCGCCACCCCGUCCCGGGGCCAGCAGCGGCGAGGGCCGAGCGCCUGGUUCUCCGGCAGAAAGUGCGGGUCGGAGGCGUAGCCGGCUCAGCUCCCGGGGCGGCCUCCAGGCUGCCGGGCUGCUCGCCCCCAGGCUCCCGGCUCUGCGCAAUCGGAGUCCGUGGGAGGCGGCUGAGCCCGGGCAGGAAACAGCGGACCCUCUCCUUCCUGCACUUCGGCUGACCCCCAUCCCUGUCCCACGUGAAACGUCUCUCGGAGCGCCUUUUUGGGGUUUCCCCUCGACCCCAAGGCGGGCAGGAUGGUGUCCUGGAUGCUCUGUCGCCUGGUGGUGUCCGGUGGAUGAUGUACUGGAUCAUCUUUGCCCUCUUCAUGGCAGCUGAGACCUUCACGGACGUCUUCAUCUCCUGGUUCCCUUUCUACUACGAGAUCAAGAUGGCCUUCGUGCUGUGGCUGCUGUCACCCUACACCAGGGGGUCUAGCCUACUGUACCGCAAGUUCGUCCACCCGUCCCUGUCCCGCCAUGAGAAGGAGAUCGACGGCUACAUCGUGCAGGCCAAAGAGCACACCUGCGAGGCCAUGCUCAGCUUCGGGAAGCGGGGCCUCAACAUCGCCGCCUCUGCAGCCGUGCAGGCAGCCACCAAGAGUCAGGGUGCACUGGCGGGCCGGCUGCGGAGCUUUUCCAUGCAAGACCUGCGUGCCAUCCCCGACACCCCUGCACCCACCUACCAGGACCCCCUUUACCUGGAGGACCAGGUACCCCACCGGAGGCCACCCAUCGGGUACCGGGCAGGGGGCUUGCGAGACAGUGACACCGAGGAUGAGUGCUGGUCGGAUACCGAGGUGGUGCCCCAGCCCCCAGCCCGGCCCCGAGAGAAGCCUCUGGGCCGCAGCCAGAGCCUGGGGGUGACCAGGAAGAAGCCACUGACCCGGGAGGGCACCUCACGCUCCCUGAAGGUCCGGACAAGGAAAAAGACCAUGCCCUCCGACAUGGACAGCUAGGUUCUGCUGAGGCUGGCCCCGUCUUCCCUCGUGCCCAGCAGGGUGCCGGGGCGCUGAGAAGGCGACCUGCCCUGCACACCUGGCCACCCGCACCAGCUGCCUGGGCUCCGCCCCCCUGGUUCCUGCCGUCGGCAGGUGCUUAGGGGCUCAGGGACGCGCCUCUGACAUACCAAAGCAGGCUGGGCCCCACAUCCUAUUUAUUGCCUUCCCAGCUCUCUGCCUUACCCAGGCCUGGGACCAGAGCUCUUCUUGCACCCCCAAAGUCCACCCAGCUGUGUUCAUUCCUCCUUGUCCUUCAAAGUACUUGACAGCCUUCCCAAGGCCCGGUGUGUGUGUCCUGGUUAUGUGUUUUGUGCUGAAUGAGAUGAGGUUUGUGAACAUUUUGAUAAAUACAUACACAAAGUCA